CGUGAGUCGGCCUUUUGAGGUUGUGACAGCCGCCGAAGAGCGUCGCCGCUGUCUCUCCCCCUCCACUGUCCUCUUGCGGUGCGCUUGGUGGAGGGAGCACCGGAGCCGGCUCUUUGAGCUCUACCCACAAUCUGUUUACUAGGUAUACAUUGAAGAGAACCACAACGGGAAAAAAAUAAAUCUGCAACCUACUCCAAUCAUGUUUUCAAAACUUGCUCAUCCACGAGUGUCUGCUGCUCUCUGUCGUAGUAUUCAUGCUUCAGCGAGUUCAGCUACGUCUGUUGCAACUAAGAAAACAGUCCAGCGCCCACCAUCAUCGGACUACAUAUAUGAACGAGAAGCCAAGUAUGGCGCACAUAACUACCAUCCACUACCUGUUGCUCUUGAAAGAGGAAAAGGUGUUUAUGUAUGGGAUGUAGAAGGCAGAAAAUACUUUGAUUUUUUAAGUGCGUACAGUGCUGUCAAUCAAGGCCAUUGUCACCCAAAGAUUGUAGCAGCUUUGAAAUCCCAAUCUGAGAAACUUACCCUUACCUCAAGAGCAUUUUACAAUGAUGUGCUUGGUGAAUACGAAGAGUAUGUCACUAAAAUGUUCAAUUACAACAAAGUGCUUCCAAUGAACACAGGUGUGGAGGCUGGAGAAACAGCAUGUAAACUGGCUCGUAAGUGGGCAUAUACGGUAAAAGGAAUUCCAAAAUACAAGGCAAAGAUGAUUUUUGCAGCUGGCAACUUUUGGGGAAGAACAUUAUCCGCUAUCUCAAGUUCUACAGAUCCUUCCAGCUAUGACGGGUUUGGACCAUUUAUGCCAGGUUUUGAAGUCAUUCCAUACAAUGACUUGCCAGCUCUUGAGCGUGCACUUCAGGAUCCAAAUGUAGCAGCUUUCAUGGUUGAACCGAUCCAAGGUGAAGCCGGUGUGAUCGUUCCUGAUAAAGGUUAUCUAACAAGUGUGCGAGAGCUUUGCACAAAACACAAUGUGCUGUUCAUUGCUGAUGAAAUUCAGACUGGGCUCGCUAGAACUGGGAAAAUGCUGGCCGUUGAUCAUGAAAAUGUAAGACCUGAUCUGAUCCUGCUCGGAAAGGCCUUGUCUGGAGGUGUUUAUCCCGUUUCUGCUGUACUGUGUGAUGAUGAAGUAAUGCUCACCAUUAAACCCGGUGAACAUGGCUCCACAUACGGAGGGAACCCACUGGCAUGUCGGGUGGCCGUGGCAGCACUUGAGGUAAUUGAAGAAGAAGACUUAACAAAAAAUGCAGAAACCAUGGGCAAUAUAUUGAGGAAUGAACUGAUGAAGACCCCUUCAGAUAUUGUAACAUGUGUCAGAGGGAAAGGAUUAUUAAAUGCUAUUGUUAUUCGUGAAACUAAAGAUUAUGAUGCCUGGAAAGUGUGCCUGCGACUCCGUGACAAUGGACUUCUGGCCAAACCAACACAUGGUGACAUCAUCAGGUUGGCCCCUCCACUGGUGAUAAAGGAGGAUGAGCUCAGAGAGUGCAUUGAAAUUAUCCAUAAAACACUCUUAUCUUUCUGAAAUCACAUUUUCAAAGCACGUCUUCAAUUUGAAUCUGCUAAGAUCCUGCAAAAGUGAUGCUCUGGAGCCCCUAUUAACAUUUUCUUCCUUAACAUUAUGAAAAAACAGUUAAUAUUUCUAAAAUUAAAUAGUUAAACAUUUUUUAUGAUGGAUCUACUCUUAAAUAUACUUUCUAUAUUUUGGAAAUUUUGUUGGCCUUUAUUUGAAGGAUUAUGAACGGCUUAAUAUCUUGUCUAUGAAUAUCACUGAAAGCUUUAAGUAUAAAUGUUUAACUCUAAUGUAUCAAAUGGUAACAUCUGAAGAAGAUUAAAAAAUAAUAAUCUUUGGCUUUUUAAAAAGUCCUUUGGUGCUGUGUAAAGACUAAAGUUUUGCUAAAAGUGGUUAUAUCCUGUCAGGAAAUCCUUGCUUGUAAAGUUCUCAGAAAUAAAGUUUGUACUUUCAGAAAGGUACAUCUGUUUAUAAAGGCUGACCAAACUGGAUGUCAUAGUUGGUAUUGUAAGAAACAUCUGUUUAGUGACAUACUGGCAUUGACUCUAGAUUGCAAAGUUUUAUCUGUAAGAUGAAACUUGUGUGUAAAUGUCAAAUUUUUUCUUAAAUUGAAAAUAACUAAACAUGGCAACCCAAACAUGUCAUUUAUAGUGUUGUUUUCAGAAGAUUCUUCAUAAUAAAAAUGUGUAUCAACCUUUU